AUGGCGGUUGUUCUACGACUAUGCGAGCUGGGAGAUGGGAGGGCACGGAACUGGAAGACAUGUCUAGUAAUGAUUCGUCCCACAUCCGCCUUGGACCCGGGGCCGAACGGGCUACUGAGCAGGACCCGAACAGUCGAGGGUCUUGACAAAGCUUUCGACAGCCUGGUUGGGUGGCUGGCCUGGGCCGCUGGGGAAAGCACUCCACGGAAGAAGGCGAGCUGCGGCUACAGCUCUCACUGGUGGACUGUGGAGGUGCAGCAGGCCGCCCGGGAGGCCAGGAGAGCCGAGAGGCUGGCGAAGGAGACCCGGGCAGAGUACUGCUGGGAGGAGCUCAGCGAAAGGCUCAGGGACCUUUCCAGAACAACGCGCGAAGCACGGACGAGGGCUUGGAGGAACAACCUGCAGGAAGCAAGCGAGGCAAACAAGCCCGAUCAGAUGUGGAGCUUGGAAAGAUGGGCCAGGCUACGGAGCUUUUUGCCGCCGGAACCACCGAGACUACCGGCAUUCAAGGACUCGUCCGGGCAGGUAACGGCCGAAACGCACGACCAGAAAGCCAGCGCACUGGCCGAGAGGUUCUUCCCGGACCCACCGGCCAACCUGACGGACGUGGAAGACCAAGCCCUUCUAGGCGACUGGAACCCGGGAUUCGACGUCUCACAGGCAGUGACGCCGACCGAGAUCGCGAAAGCAAUAGGAGGAGCAAGCCCCUGGAAGGCGCCAGGAGAGGAUCUGCUCCCGAUGGGUCUUCUGAAGGCAUGUGGAAUGCCACUGGCUGAAGUGCUCGCCGUAUUGGUGACGAGGUGCCUAAAACUAGGAUGGUUUCCCGACCGGUUCAAAAAGGCAAAGACCAUAACUAAGUCAGUGGUCGCCAGGAAGGUCACUCAAGCUGCUGAAGUCAAUGGCCAUCUACCAGACGAACAAAUGGAGAACAGGGCACACCGCUCCACGGAGAUGGCUGUUCGGCUAGUAGUAGCCCAGGUCCAGGAGGCAUGGAGACAGAAGGCCGCGACAUCCCUAUUGCAACUGGACAUUUCAGGAGCCUUCGACACGGUUAACCACACACGACUACUGGCAACACUGCGAGAAAUGGGCUACCCGAAGUGGCUCGUUCUCUGGACAAAAGACUGGUUGACGGGCCGAGAGGCCACCCUCCUCUUUGACGGCAAGACGGCGGCACCGACGGCGAUUCGGGCAGGGGUCCCCCAGGCUCACCGCUCUCCCCCUCGGGGGAUGAAGUUCGCCCCGGAAAAGAGCGAACUGAUCCAUUUCAACAAGGGGCGACGGCAGUGGUCAAACCAGCUGGAACUCACCAGCCCAGGGAGAGGCACCAGCCCCGUCAGACCGAAGGAGUCUGCCAGGUUCCUGGGAGUCUGGCUGGACCGGAAGCUCAACUGGAAAGCCCACCUUGCAGCGGUGGAGAGGAAGCUGAGGACCCAGAGCUAUGUCCUGUCGAGGCUAGCGGCGUCGACGUGGGGACUGGGGCUAGCCAAAGCGCGAGAAGUGUACACAAAGUGCAUCCGGUCAACGCUGGCCUAUGGCGCAUCGUCGUUCCACAUCCCCACGGAUGUGGGAGGCGAGCCGGUAAAGAAAGGCAUCACCAAGGCCCUCGGGAAGGCCCAGAACAAAAGCUUGCGGAUUGUAGCGGGAGCCUUCAAGCACACUCCCAUCCGCAACCUCGAGACGGAGACAUGGGUGCCGCCGUUGGACCCAUAUCUCAACAAACGGCUUGCGGACUUUGAGACCAGACUCCAGCGAACCGACCUAGACGACGUCCAGGGCGGCAAGAAGACCGCAGGGAGCGUUAUUCUUACCGCCUGUAGCAAGAUACAGCAGAGACUACGCUCGAGGAGCGGCAACAGGGGCCGGCCGCGAACUGUGGGACUGCGGGAGCCCACGGCGGUGGAGAAAGCCGCGAGAACGAUCGCGCGCUGGACGGGGGGAACUGUAGAUACGAACAAGGUAGUAGAAGAGGCCUGGAGGGCUAGGUGGUUAAAGGAACGGGACGGCAGAGCGAUCGCCAGACCGGCGGACGACUUUGACCAUCAGCAGGAGACGCUAUUCCGGAACGGAACCCUAAGGAGGCGCGACGGUCUCAGCAAGGCGAAGAGCUCACUGCUGAUUCAAAUCCGGACGGGAGCAAUAGGCUUACGGGACUUCUUGUUUACACGGGGAGUCCCGGAGGUUCUGACUCCUGCCUGCGAGUGUGGCGAGGGACGAGAGACUGCCGAACACCUGGUAGUGUGGUGUUUGGCCCCACCGUUGACUCGAAGAUGGGAGAGAACUGGAAUUCGGACACGACGGGACUUUUACUCUGUUCUACACGGCAUCAAUCCCACGACUGCACGGCUCGCGAGGAGAGUUCUCGACUGGCUGAUGGACUCGGGGAAGCUGCCGAUGUACAGCUUAGCCAGGAGGCUCGAGCUGGAAGCGGCGGCCUGA